CUGCGUUCGUUCGUCGUCCUUGCCGGAAGUCACCACGCGCAAGAAGAACUUUGUCUGGAAGAAGUUUUUUUUCUGAUUUCAGUGUUUUGCAGGUUAUAUACCUACAGCUUCCAACAUCACCAGGUGCUACUGAUAAAUUGGUGCUGCGUAAAAUUAUGCUGUGUGAAAAUGCCUGUUGAAACGUUGUGAUAACAAACAUCGGACCUUUCGCGACGUUUGGUCAAGUGCAAGUAAUUAACCUCGUUAAUAGGGGGAAUCGUUUCGUCGAGGGAUGAAUAAUAAAUUAACAGAGCAUUAAUUGAACGCAAGUGAUACCUAUCAGUUGUUGGGUGGAAAAGUUCGAAACGGUUGAGGCAUCUUGUGUAACUCAUCAGAACGUGAGCAGCCUAGACAAAAUGCCUCUAAGUGAUUAUGUACUGAUAAAGACUAAAUCCUACAUCAUUAGGAUGAAUCGGGAGGAGAACCUGUGCUGGUUCCAUGGGAAGAUCACUCGUGAUCGUGCCGAGGAGAUCCUGCGACAAGAGAAUGGCGACGGCAUCUUCAUGGUCCGGGAAAGCAACUCGUCCGAGGGUGACUUCGUGCUGUCGGUGCUUUUCCAGAACGAGGUCGUGCACUACCAAAUUCGCCGGCACGGCGACGAUGCAUUCUUCUCCAUCAACGAUCACGAGCCGAUCCACGGGUUGGAUUCGCUGAUCGAGCACUACCGGGAAUCGUCAAGUGGGCUGGUAACGAGACUGCAGGCCAUCUGCCGGCAGGAUCCUCCGCCACCGGACGUUCGACGUCACGGAACGACUAAUCUGUUGCACCGAGCUACCAAGGAGAACAACUACAUCAUCGUGUCCGAGCUACUGAAAUGCGGCUACCGAAACAUUGACUCAAAAAAUCAAGACGGACAGACGGCAGUACAUUUGGCCUGCUUGAAUGCGGACGCCAAAAUUCUUCAGAAACUCAUUGAACGGGGCUCGAACAUCCACAACCGAGAUGCGGAAGGAAACACGCCGUUGCACUACGCUUGUCGGCGGUCGGAUGGACUAGAAAUGGUAGAGCUUUUGGUUGAGGCGGGAGCUAGUCCUCAGGCACGGAAUAAGGACACAGGAUUUGUUCCUUUACAUGAGGCUGCGAUGAAUGGAAACCUUGAUGCAAUAAAAUAUCUGCUUAAUAGACAGAUUCCUCAUAUGCCUCGAACAACGUUUGGUCUCUUGCCCGUAGAUAUGGCAAAGGACAGAGGACACACAGCGGUAGUUGAAUAUCUGACGAACUUUGAACCUUCACCGCCUGCAUCUCAUAAAAAUCAGUGGUACCACGGCACCCUCGAUCGAAACGUUGCGGUUGAAAUUUUGAACGAACACGCUCUUAAAUUGGCUCCCAUUUUGUGCAAAGAUGAUAAAGAAAAUCAUUCCGAUAUUAAGGACGCAUCAGGAGCUUAUUUGGUCCGAUACUCAUCAAAGCAUGGAGUCGAUGUGCUAACGUUGCUCUAUGACGGAGAAGCGAGGCAUUUUAUUAUUCGCAGACAGCAAAACUACCUGUACAUUGAUGAUGGUCCUUUCAUGAAAUCCUUAGAACAUCUCAUAGAACACUACGGUCGUUUUUCUGAUGGAUUACAAAUCAAUUUGAAGUAUCCGGUGCCACCGAAACCUAAACCGCCGAUCCCGCUGUUUUCCACGAUACCAAAAACCAAACCUAGACUAUCGAAUACUUCUGAAGCGUCAUCGCCUUCCAGCGCACGUUUCUCCUCCACCAGUAAUGGAAGUACGUCCUACUUCCGCAAAUCAAGUGACAAUAAUAUCCCAAAGCCCCAACACCCUGCAGCUCCUUCUCGUAACCUUUCGGUCCCGAAUGAUAUUAUUCUCGCACAAAUGAACAAAGUUGGUUUGUUCGACCGGAGUCCCGAUAGAGGGGAAACUACUCCAAAAACAUCGCCCAACAUCGACGAGAGCAAAGCUAAAUCAAACACUUCGACGUUGAAGAAGAAGAAAAACAUCAUCAUAGAUGGUGUUAAAAGUUUGCGUAAAAGCAAACUGCGACAGAAGCCUCCGGCCGACGAGUGCCAACUGAACCGUGAUAGUCUGAUUGCCCACGUCAGCUCUUCCAAGGUGCUACAACAACUUAGUUUUUCAUCCGAUUUUAUCCCGUCAGCCACCUCUCCGGAUCAAUCAGGAGAAGUGUACAACAUACCUAGUAACAAUUGUGCCAUCGUAGACAUCGAUAUUGGAGAACCUCCAGCCAUCCCGUCCAUACACCCAUCCAUACUGAUGGAUAGAAUGAACAACAACAACAACCACAAUGCUCUUGCUGAUCACCCUAGCUCUCCUCCACCGCUGGCGCCAAGGCGAUCGGUGGAUGCCUCGAGUGUAGCUACACCGACCAACUUCCCCACCACGAACUCUCUCGACUAUUUCACCGAAAGUGAUAAAGAUCUGGGCAUCGAUACCAGCCAGCUGGAUAACAGUAACGAGGAAAUCUAUUUCAUUGAUGCACCACCGGCCGUUCCUGCUCCAAGGCCACCAAUUCCUCUGCCAACGGAAAACAAUAAUCUUCCGCCAAAACCAAUGGCUACGAAUUACGUGGCCACUCGGAACAUCCCAAUCAUCAGUAGCCUAUCGGUGGAGGAAUGCGCUUCUCCGACCAGUCCACCACCAGCUCUGCAGCACGCGUUCCGACCUGGUGGACCAUUUGAACGGUUGAACUCGAGCCAAUCGACUACCAGCCGGGAUAGCAUUCAAUCUGGCGACUCGGAAUUCCUCUCCAUUAUCCAGAACCAACAGGAUGAGGAUGCCAAACGUCUCAAUCGAAGCAUUUCCAACCGACCGAACUAUUUCAUUCCCAAAGAAUGCAUCCUUACGCAGAAAAUACUCGGACGAGGCGAGUUCGGUUACGUCUAUCAGGGAUUGUUGGCCCCUUGCCAGUUGGAACCUGGUUCGGACUACCCUGUGCCAGUGACCCGAUCCAGACAGAAUUCGGCUGAAUUUCUACCGGUCGCCAUCAAACAGCUGGUCGAAAGCCACGGAAAAAGAAAUCGGGUAGAUUUCCUGAGGGAAGCCAGUGUGAUGAUUCGAUUGCGGCACCAUUGCAUCGUUAAGCUGAUUGGAAUCUGUAAAGGACCGCCGCUCAUGAUGGUAGAGGAAAUGGUUCCACUGGGAUCGAUGUUGGACUACAUUCUGACGAACAAAAACACCAUCAAUCCCAAGUUGGAACUGAUUAUCUGGGCAGCUCAGAUUGCAUCCGGAAUGCAGUACCUGGAGCAACAUCACUUUGUCCAUCGGGACUUAGCAGCGAGGAACAUUCUGUUAGCAUCACGCUACCAGGCGAAAAUCUCCGACUUUGGGCUUUCACGUGCUAUUGGAGCUGGCGACGAUUACUAUCGGGCCAGUCAAGGUGGAAAGUGGCCUAUCAAAUGGUACGCUCCGGAAAGUUUCAACUACGGAACCUUCUCGCACGCCAGCGAUGUAUGGUCCUUCGGUGUCACAAUGUGGGAAAUGUUCUCGCUCGGAGCGCCCCCGUACCACGAUAUGAAGGGCGUCGAUGUGAUCAAACUGAUCGAGAAUAACCAGCGGCUAGCGCAGCCGGACCUCUGCCCCGAUAAGGUGUUUGAAAUUAUGAAAAGCUGUUGGAACUACAACCCGAAGGCACGGCCAACCUUCAAAUUCUUGACCCGUUUCUUCGCCGACGAUAUCGAGUAUCAAAAUCUGCAGGAGAUGGUCCAAACCGGUCGGGAAAUCAACGCCAAUGUGCUCCGAUAGAUAUCCUUCUUCAAGUAUUAAAACCGUAUGAGCAAAACAGACGUACUGAAACGACAACGGAAACACCGAUAGACAACUCCUAUGAAUGCAAACUAAUUACAUAUUGUUAGGUUCCCACUAUUACUGCUACUGUUCGACUCCACUUUCAAAUUUUUUGUCCUAUUUUAGUAUAACCAUUCAUAUUUAUUUGCCAUCUCUGAAGAAGUGGAUUCAUCAUGCUCAAUAACCUACAUACAUUCAUACAAACGGAACUUUACCUCUUUUAACGCUCUAACGCCAUUCCUUUUUCAUUUUAAAUGGAUAUAUGUUUAAUCUACAGCAAAAGUUUGUGUCAUAUGAAACGAUUAAUUGUUUAUAGUGUACAUCAUCGGGAAGGAAAAACUGACAAAAUUAAAUUAAAAAAAAAAGUAUUUUGGUUUGUCGUGCCUUUCCAAUUUCAGAUUGAUUGUAUUUCUGAGUGUUUUUUAAAACGUAAAGUUAAAGCUGCAAUUGUAAGUUUUAAAAACUAGAUUUCUUUUAAAGUGCUAAUAAAACGGAUAAUGAUUGAAAGAUGAAAAUCAUACUGUUUGUGGUGUGAUCUAAUCACAAACAGGCGUAACACUAUCGUCAUUGCUACGUGAUGGAGCAUAAAACGUAAUACUCAUAAGAGUUUGAUUGCGAUAAUGCCUACAAUGCCUAAGGUUGAAGUUCCGAAGAAAAUAACUACGAAGUGUUACGUGUGUUUGUCUGCGGUCAAACCCAAUAAGAAAUGUGAAUAGUGAGAUUUGUCUGAACAGUCGAUGGAAUGAAUAAAAAAUUAUAACAAAAUUAUUCACA